UCCUCCCCUUCUUUCUAGCAGAAAGUCACUACUCCCUUUUUGUUUUCUAUCAGAUCUCAGAAGGCAGUGAGUUUAUUGGACUAUUAAUGUCCAACACAGCCUGCAAGAGGCAUGCUGUGGUUGAGGGGAAAUAAGGAAAUCUAACGGAUGCCUUCUGGCUACUUGGGGGGGAAAUAAUUUAAGACAAUUGCAUUUUUGUUAAUUUUUAUUCGCCUACAGGUUAUCCUCCACACUGAUGUUUUUCAGCAAAGUGCAUUGUGCAUUGGAUGGAUACAUAAUCGUACUACAAAGAAGACAAAGCUUGUUGCAACUAAAAUACUUUUUUUCAUUCCUGUUCUUCUCCCUCAAACUUCCUCGUGCAGGAAAGCUAUUGUUGAAUGUGUAGAGUGGAAGGAGCACGCAGUCUGAUAUCUGUAAUAUGCCAGAGGAAAUGACCGUUUAACCAUUAGACCGUGUGGGACAUUAGGACAUGGGAUUUAAUAGAAAAACGGACUCCGGGCUUUGAAUAACCCGUGAUCACAUCUUUGGGGAAAAUUGCAAAUUAAGUAUUUCUUCCUGUGAGAUUAAGCCGAACUGUUUCGGAAACUUGGAUAGUUUGCAAGCGAUCUGAUUUGAGCGCACCGCGACCUAAAUAAUGGCCAGGGGUUGAAGUGCGGAGAGAACUUCUAAAACAUACAAGAAAAACUGUAUUUUGAACUUAACUAAAAAGUGUAUGUAGUCACAUAGCGGUUCACUCAUCACUUGACAGAACUUUCCAAUCACAUCCGACUGUGAAAAUCCCUCUCGCGGGCUAACGAGUGCGUACAAAGAUGACAAUCCUUUGGAGACGCGCUUCUCUGAGGCUGUGGAAACAAAUAAUGGCUCCGCUCGUCUUGCUCUUGUGCAACAGGCUUGUGACCAAUGCGGACGAUGACACUUUCAACGCAGAGUCGUGGUUGCGGAGUUUUGGCUACCUGUCCCAGGCCAGCAGACAGAUGUCCACCAUGCAGUCCUCUCAGAUCCUGUCAAAUGCUGUCAGCGACAUGCAGCGCUUCUAUGGCCUGGAGGUCACUGGAGAGAUGGACGAUGCCACACUGAAGGCCAUGAGAAGGCCUCGCUGUGGAGUCCCAGACAAAUCUUUUGGGCAGACUGAGAACGGUAUGAGGCGGAAACGCUACACUCUCACUGACCAGAAGUGGGACAAGAACCAUCUGACCUACAGCAUUAUGAAUACUACCCCGAAGGUCGGUGAGGAGCGGACACAAGAAGCCAUCCGCAAGGCCUUUUUGGUGUGGGAGCAUGUGACACCACUGACCUUCGAAGAAAUCGCCUUCCAAGACAUCACCAACAGCAGCCAGGACGCGCUAGAUAUCAUGCUGUUGUUUGCCUCCGGUUUCCAUGGAGACAUGUCUCUGUUUGACGGCGAAGGGGGGUCCCUGGCUCAUGCCUACUACCCAGGGCCCGGGAUGGGCGGAGACACACACUUUGACGCAGACGAACCGUGGACACUUGACAACCAUAAUCCAUCAGGUAUUGACCUAUUCCUGGUUGCGGUGCAUGAGCUGGGCCAUGCUCUGGGCCUGGAGCACUCUGACAACACCAAUGCCAUCAUGUCUCCCCUCUACCAGUACAUGGACACAAAGACCUUCUCACUCCCAGAGGAUGACAGGAGUGGAAUACAGAAGAUAUAUGGACCUCCAGACGAUUCUCCCACUCAGGACCCACCCACCACCACCAGGGAUGACACCGCCCCCCACCAAGACCCCACCACCACUGCUCCUCCAGAUCUAAACCCCACCACCACCCCUUAUCGUUCUCUCCAGACAGACCCCCCCAGCCCCACCUAUGACCCUGACACCCCAGACCAACAAGAACCUGAACCAGAUCCCACCGACGCACCUCACCUCCCUCCAAUCCCUGACCCAGAACCCACCAUCCCCUGGCCUGACCCUGUGCCGGUGACCCCCUACAUCAGGAGAGAUGAGCCUCGUCGCCCUGUGCAGCCUGACCACACCGCCCUGGACAUCUGUGACGGGGACUUUGAUACGGUCACCAUGCUGCGAGGGGAGAUGUUUGUCUUCAAGGGUGGCUGGUUCUGGAGAGUUAGAAGGAACCGUGUCCUGGACAACUACCCAAUGCCCAUUUCUGUCUUCUGGGUUGGACUACCUGAUGAUAUAGACUCUGGCUAUGAACGGCACGAUGGGAAAUUUGUCUUUUUCAAAGGGGACAGGUACUGGGUGUUCAGGGAGGCUGAUGUGGUGCCUGGUUACCCCCAGCCCCUGGUAGAGUACGGUCAGGGCAUCCCCACAGACAGGAUCGACACAGCCAUCUGGUGGGAGCCCACCGGCUACACAUACUUCUUCAGAGGAGACAGAUACUGGCGUUUUGAUGAAGAGUCCCGCACCGGUGACAGAGACUACCCUAAACCUGUCUCCAGGUGGGGCAAGGUCCCAUCCUCUCCUAAAGGAGCCUUCCUCAGCGACGAUGGCGCUUACACCUACUUCUACAAGGGCUCCAAGUACUGGAGGUUUGACAACCAGAAAAUGAAAGAUGACCCAGGCUACCCUAGAUCCAUCCUUAAAGACUUUAUGGGCUGUGAUGGAGCACCGGAUGUGGACCCAGAGACAGAUGAUACAGUAACAGGCCGCAAGUGGCCCACAGUGGACCAACCAAAACCACAACCACCAAUUGGCUCAGACCCGGAUGAUGUGGACCGAGACUCAGAUACGGAUUACACCAACGAUGUGGAUUAUGAACCUGAUGCAGAGGACAAAGAGGUGGAUGUGGUGGUGAGGAUGGCUGAGAACGAGGCCAAGGUUAUGACCCUGAUCAUGGUGACCGUGCCCCUGGUCCUGGUGCUGUGCAUCCUGCUAUUGAUCUAUGCUAUUAUUAACACCCUGCAGAAGAAAGAGGCACCCAGACUUUUGGUCCAUUGCAAACGAUCCCUGCAAGAGUGGGUUUGAUGUGCUCCAGAACUGGAUUCACACACACACACACACACACACACACACACACACACACACACACACACACACACACACACACACACACACACACACACACACAGUCCGCGCACGUACACACACAAACAUUGCAUACAAAUACAAGCACAUAAUCUCCCUAUUGUUCCUCCUUUACCAGUUUAUAACAGACAAUUUGCACUUUUAACACCCAGUGUUUCGAUUUUUUUGCUGUUGUUAGUUUGUACCGUCUUGUAGUUUUACGUGUUCAAGCCAAAGAUUUCCACGAAUGUCCUUAUAAAACAGAGUGGUGGUGCCUGUCUAGAACCAGCAAUGCAAUGUCUAACUGGUGUGUGUGUGCUGUAAACACAAGACCACCACCUCCCACUGUGUCUUUCCUCUAGUCUACAACAGCCCGGACUUUAUCCACAAAAGGGCCGAUUUAGAUAUUGAUAUUCAGACCGCCUUGGGGCGGAAUGAAAUCCAGGGGUUGAAAAAGUGGUAUAUCUCAUGGUACAUAUUUAGGACGGCUGCUGGAAUGGAGCUGGGUCUGGUUGACAUUAACCAGAUGUUGCUGAUUUAGUCAUUUUGGCUGCAGCGCCGGGGGAGGGGUUAGGAUGCCUGCCAGCAUUUCCUUUUCCUGAGUUAGUUAUUUUCUCUUGGGGAGGGAGAGGGUGGGGGGGGGGGGGCAAGGGGAGGGGCUGAGCGGAGCUCCAUUGGCGUCGUGCCUCCUGACCUAGAUUAGCGAGGCCCACUCCUAUUUUUCAAAACCUUUUUUUUUUCUUCUGAGCGGUUUGGCUGGAGAUGUCUUCCUGUGAGACUCCCCCUCCCCUGCCGCUAUGUUUCACUGUAGACAUACUCCAUCUGCAGUCUCUGUUUCCAUCUGAGAAUCUGCUCUAUACCUAGGAGAGGCUUUAGUUCUGAUCUGUGAUGAUAGGUCACAGGGUUUGUGAUGAGGUCUGUUGGAGUAUUCACGUUGAACUUAACCAUAAAUGAUGUCUUACAACUCUUUGUUGCCAUUUUUUUUUUUUUUUUUAAUUAAAAUGCCCCUCUCUGGAACUACUUCCUUUGUUGCCAACUCUUUGUGUGCCAACUUCCCUCAUUCAAAGGCCAAACGCUUUUUAUACAACACCCAGAGUGCAAUUAUUGUUUUGCGCAAUAGACAGAUGAAGACCAUUAGUUAGAGGUUUUUCCUCAGCAAAGCCACUAUGCACAUGUAAACAAAAAAUGGUUGUAUAUGCUUCAGGUUUGUGGUCGGUUGUGAAUCACCCGUGUUUUGUCAUUUAUUGUUUGUGUUUUGUAUUAGUCGGUUGUUGGAGAGGAAGAAAUACUUAAAAAAAAAAAAACGUUUGAAAAUUUGCACAACAUUUUGUGUUGUGCUCUCUGUACAUUAGCAGAGUUAAAUGAUGCAUGCAGGACAUGUAAAGCCUUUACACAAAUGUAUGAAAUGUAUAAGGAUUUCAAAAUAAAACAUGAAUUAUGGCAAA